AUGGCCCGGCCCCGAAGCGCCCGCGCGCCGCCGCUCGUGGCGCUGCUGCCGCCGCUCGUGGCGCUGGCGCAGGCGGGCGUGGCGGGCGCCGCGGGCUCGGUGCGCCUGGCGGGCGGCCUCACGCUGGGCGGCCUCUUCCCGGUGCACGCGCGCGGCGCGGCGGGCAGGGCGUGCGGGCCGCUCAAGAAGGAGCAGGGCGUGCACCGGCUGGAGGCCAUGCUGUACGCGCUGGACCGCGUGAACGCCGACCCGGAGCUGCUGCCCGGCGUGCGCCUGGGCGCGCGGCUGCUCGACACCUGCUCGCGGGACACGUACGCGCUGGAGCAGGCCCUGAGCUUCGUGCAGGCGCUGAUCCGCGGCCGCGGCGACGGCGACGAGGCUGCCGCGCGCUGCCCGGGGGGCGGCCCCCCGCUGCUCGCCGCGCCCCCCGAGCGCGUGGUGGCCGUGGUGGGCGCCUCGGCCAGCUCCGUCUCCAUCAUGGUCGCCAACGUGCUGCGCCUGUUUGCGAUACCCCAGAUCAGCUAUGCGUCCACGGCCCCUGAGCUCAGCGACUCCACACGCUACGACUUCUUCUCCCGCGUGGUGCCGCCUGACUCCUACCAGGCCCAGGCCAUGGUGGACAUCGUAAGGGCGUUGGGAUGGAACUACGUGUCCACACUGGCCUCUGAGGGCAACUAUGGCGAGAGCGGGGUUGAGGCCUUUGUGCAGAUCUCCCGUGAGGCUGGGGGCGUCUGUAUUGCCCAGUCCAUCAAGAUUCCCAGGGAACCAAAGCCAGGAGAGUUCAGCAAGGUGAUCAGGAGACUCAUGGAGACACCCAAUGCCCGGGGCAUCAUCAUCUUUGCCAACGAGGAUGACAUCAGGAGGGUCCUGGAGGCUGCACGCCAGGCCAACCUGACUGGCCACUUCCUGUGGGUCGGCUCAGACAGCUGGGGAGCCAAGGUCUCACCUGUCCUGAACCUGGAGGACGUGGCCGUGGGGGCCAUCACCAUCCUGCCCAAAAGGGCCUCCAUUGAUGGAUUUGACCAGUACUUCAUGAGCCGCUCCCUGGAGAACAACCGCCGGAACAUCUGGUUUGCCGAGUUCUGGGAAGAGAAUUUUAACUGCAAACUGACCGGCUCAGGUACCCUGUCAGAUGAUUCCACCCGCAAAUGCACAGGCGAGGAACGCAUCGGCCGGGACUCGACCUACGAGCAGGAGGGGAAGGUGCAGUUUGUGAUCGAUGCUGUGUACGCCAUUGCCCACGCCCUCCACAGCAUGCAGCAGGAUCUCUGCCCCGGGCACACGGGCCUGUGCCCGGCCAUGGAGCCCACCGACGGGCGGACGCUGCUGCAGUAUAUUCGAGCGGUCCGCUUCAACGGCAGUGCGGGGACCCCUGUGAUGUUCAACGAGAAUGGGGAUGCGCCUGGGCGAUACGACAUCUUCCAGUACCAGGCAGCCAACGGCAGUGCGGGCAGUGGCGGCUACCAGACUGUGGGCCAGUGGGCAGAGGACCUCAGGCUGGACGUGGAAGCCCUACAGUGGUCAGGAGACCCCCACGAAGUGCCCCAGUCUCAGUGCAGCCUCCCCUGUGGGCCGGGAGAAAGGAAAAAGAUGGUGAAGGGCGUGCCCUGCUGUUGGCACUGUGAGGCCUGUGAUGGGUACCGCUUCCAGGUAGACGAGUUCACGUGCGAGGCCUGCCCCAGGGACAUGAGGCCCACGCGCAACCACACGGGCUGCCGCCCCACGCCCGUGGUCACUCUGACCUGGUCCUCCCCCUGGGCGGCCCCGCCCCUCCUCCUGGCUGUGCUGGGCAUCGUGGCCACCACCACGGUAGUAGCCACCUUCAUGCGGCACAACAACACACCCAUCGUCCGGGCCUCUGGCCGCGAGCUCAGCUACGUGCUCCUCACCGGCAUCUUCCUCAUCUACGCCAUCACCUUCCUCAUGGUGGCGGAGCCCGGGGCUGCUGUCUGCGCGGCCCGGAGACUCCUCCUGGGCCUGGGCACCACCCUCAGCUACUCCGCCCUGCUCACCAAGACCAACCGCAUCUACCGCAUCUUUGAGCAGGGGAAGCGCUCCGUCACGCCCCCGCCCUUCAUCAGCCCCACCUCGCAGCUGGUCAUCACCUUCAGCCUCACCUUUGUGCAGGUGGUGGGAGUGAUAGCGUGGCUGGGGGCCCAGCCCCCACACAGCGUGAUCGACUAUGAAGAGCAGCGCACGGUGGACCCGGAGCAGGCCAGAGGGGUGCUCAAGUGCGACAUGUCAGAUCUGUCCCUCAUCGGGUGCCUGGGCUACAGCUUCCUGCUCAUGGUCACAUGCACGGUGUAUGCCAUCAAGGCCCGCGGCGUGCCCGAGACCUUCAAUGAGGCCAAGCCCAUCGGCUUCACCAUGUACACUACCUGCAUCGUCUGGCUGGCCUUUGUGCCUAUCUUCUUUGGCACCGCGCAGUCGGCUGAAAAGAUCUACAUCCAAACCACCACACUGACUGUGUCCUUGAGCCUGAGUGCGUCGGUGUCCCUGGGCAUGCUCUAUGUACCCAAAACCUACGUCAUCCUGUUCCACCCGGAGCAGAACGUGCAGAAGCGGAAGCGGAGCCUCAAGACGACCUCCACAGUGGCAGCCCCACCCAAGGGCGAGGACGCCGAGGCCCCCAAGUAGCGAGUGGGGUACCAGUGGGAUGGCUGCUCCUCUCCUCCCUUCGUUUCUUUUCCUCGCGUCAUGGUGGAAGCUGUGACGACUGCAGGUCUGCAGUGAGCCGUCAGAGACACGGAGUCUGUGAAGGCCGUGCCCAGGAGGACAGGGCUGGCCUUCAGAAGGACCUGGGCCAGGCGCCACCUUUAUCCCUGCUUUUCUGUGCACGUCGGCCUCAGACUUCCUGCUGCAGACCAGACUUUCUGCUCACGGUGGAAAGAGCCCCCGAGAGGAUCCUUCUGCAGGGAGGGCCUGACCCUUCACCCCUGGCCUGAAGUUCAGAGGUCACGGUGAAGCCCUAGGCUUGCCCUGUGUGGGUGAGAUUUCCCCCAUCAACCAACCACAGGAACCUGGGGAUUGGGCCGCAUGUGAGAUGUGUGGACGUCAGAGUGACAUACAGGGUCAGCAGGGGGAGGAGCAGCUUCCAGGAAAGGAGACCUGCGGGUCUGUGUUGGGGACUGAGUCCUCUGGGUUCAGGGCAGCCUUCUGCCAGCACAGAGUGGUGGAGCCUUGGGUGGGAGCCUGUGAGGAGGAUGGCCUGCACAGGACGGGUGAGCAGAGGGUCUGUGUGCCCUGGGAGGUUCCUUUGUCAAGGUCUUUUCCUCGAGAUCUUCUCCCCUGGGCUCUGGGGGAUGUCACACCUAGAGGACAGCGUUUCCCUUUCCCACGUGCACUCCCUUAAAUGACUCUGAACCUCAAGAAAAUCAGAUGCGCUUGUGUGGGGUUCGUGGGGUGAGGAUAACACGACAGCCCUUGGCCGCCUCGGGUGCCGGCGAGGGACUGUGUCAGGACCGCCAGGCUGGGACCAGUGACAGAGGGAGUUGUGUCCACGGUGAGGAUUGAUUCCAAGUGGGUGACUCAGGGUGGACGCCUGGACUCUCCCCUCCCAGCGCUGACUGGGAGGCCUUCAUUAAAGGAAAGGCGAGCACGAAGCCAGAGGUGCUUGGACUCCAGACGCACGGAUCUUCACUUAUCAGGAGGCUUUUUUCACAAGUAGCUUGGUUUGAGUUAUGGAAUUUUAUUUCCCUGGAGUAAAACUGAAAUUUUUUAAAUUGGCUCUUUUUAUUUAUCGGUACGAACUCUGUAGUAUCUAAUGUCUGGAACUGAUUUUGAAGCUCAGCCACACUUCAUGCCACAUAGAGACUCCCCGAAUACAGAGCCUCUGGGGCCUGAUAAUUUUGACCUCGGGACUGGGGGUCGGCAUUCUUACGUCAGCAGGGCCUCUCAGAGCCACACUGCUGGUGGACAGACCCUCCUUCCCCACGCUGGCUGCAUUCCCAGGGUUUCUCCGCAGUGUGACUUACGAAGGUUCAUUUAUUGCUGAAUGCUUUCCAAAGUUCCUUCUUUCACAAGGCUUCUCUCCUGUGUGGGUUUUCCGGUGUAUAAUGAGGUGUAUUUCCUUGCUGAAGGCUUCUCCACAUGAGUGUUUUUAUAGAGUUUUUCUCCUAUAUAAACUCUUAGAAAGUCAGUGAGCUCUGAUCUCCAAAUGAAGGUUUUCCCGUGUUUAUUGUUUUCUUGGUGUUUCUCCCAGUAUGGACUGUCUGAUGGGCAGUGAGUCUUGACUUUUAGUUAAAACUUUUCCACAUGUUUUACAGUUUUGUGGUUUUCCUUAUUCUGAACUAUGUAAGUUAGAGCUCAGGUGAUUUCUUAGUAAAAGCUUUUCCACAUUUAGAGGGUUUCUCCCCAGAGCGAAGUUUCUGACACAGAGGCCUGGCUUCCUGCUGCAGACUUUCACACCCGUCCCCCGCCCCAUCAUCACUUCCUGCCCUUGAUGUGAAUUCUCGGAUGCACAGCGAGUCCCGUCUUCUCCUCAGGGGCCUUCUCCCGUCAGUCCAUUUAGAGAGGGUGUCCACAGCAUGCACGGUUUUUUGUGCAGUGGGGACCCUCUGUUCCUAAAGGCGCACCGUGUUUUGUACACGCGUGAGGCUUCUUUCCUUUCUGAGUUCUGCAGUGUCUGCAAAGGUUUGACUCCGGGGAGGGCAUUUCCACAUUCAGUGUGUACGGAGGCUGUCUCCCCCUCUGCGUUUCUUUGACAUUCACUGGGGGUUGAGGGGUUUCCCAGGCUAUCUGCAUAGUUUUGCCUUCUCUGAUGUCCAGUCAAUCAACUUGAACCGCUGGAUAAAGGUUUUUUCAAAUCUGUGGACUUUCUAAGGCAUUCUGACGGUGCGGCUCCUUCUGGGUUGGAUGAGAAUGGGGCUGUGCUGGGCGGCUCUCGCGCAUCCCUUGUCCUGGAAUGGUUUCUCCCCGGGAGGAUCGUGUGCUCCAGUGACGACGGGCUUCUGGAUUGGUGCUUUCCCACACGACAGUCACAGCAUCCUCUCCAGCAGGCGUUCUCUAAACACAGUAAGAUUACAUUUUGAUAGAAGCUUUUACUCAACUAUUCGUAAGCGUAGCACUCGUGUCCCGUGUAUUGAGCCUUCUAUCACAGGGCCUUUCUGAUAUUAAUUCUGUUACUAUGCUUUUGCACUGGUGUGAAUUGUUGACACAUUUAUUACAGCUUUGUCACAUUUAGUACAUUUUGUCUUCUUUGGGAAUUUUCCUCAAAUUCAUUACAUUCAUUGUUUCUCACUUUACUCAGUGACUUCUUGUUAAAUAAAUGUAACUUUUCCCAGAAGUUUGACUUGGGCUUUCUGUUGCUUUUUUAUGUGGUUAUCAACUUGCAAGAUUCCUUCUAAAAUGGAAUAAAAUGCACAAUUCCAAGUGAGUCUUUCCACCAUCAUUUUUUUU